AAAUAUUUGAUCGUUAAAUUUUGAAUAUAUUGUAACACUACUACUACCAAUAUAUUGAUUAACAGUAUUAUGAAUAUUAUUAUUGAUGAUGUAUUACAACAUUUAGAAUCAGCUUUGUCUGCUGAAUAUGACUAUAGUAAUGUGCAUCAAUCGCUAGAUUUUUUAUUUCAGAAAUCAUUGAAUGAUUCCCUUACUGAAAAUUCAAAAGUUGCAUUAUCAAGUAUUGAAGCUGUCUUAGAAAAAGUAUGGGAGUCACUUCAUACUGGUUCCUGGAAUGAUGCUCCAGAUGGCAUGCGUAAACUUUAUUCUCAUGCUAGUUUACUUAAGACCAAGUUAUUAUUAAAAACUGCCAAUGAUGAAAGAAUGUUGAAAAAAGCUAUAAAAGCAAUUGAUAUGGGGUUACUAAUGGGCAAUUCAUUUAUAAAUGAAUUAACUAUAGCUGCAUCAUUAUUGUGUAAAGCUCUACAGCAGACUUUUGUUGAGGUUCCAGUUAAAUUGUGUGACAAUAGUAGAUCAAAUAACAGUUGUGCAUUUCAUAAAAUUGGUGAUCAUGUUCCAACACUACAUCAACCAUCCUUAGAAACAUUUUUAAGAGAUUAUCUUAAAUCUAAAAAACCUAUUAAAAUCACAGGCAAUAUGGAACACUGGCCUGCUACAAAUAAAUGGAAAGAUUUAAAUUAUUUUAUAAAAUUAGCUGGGGCUAGAUUAGUUCCUGUUGAAAUUGGUUCGUCUUAUGCAGAUGCUGAUUGGAGUCAAAAAUUAAUAACACUUGAAGAAUUUAUAAAUAUUCAUGUUGUUCAAGAAAAUGAAAAACCAACAUACCUUGCACAACAUCAACUUUUUAAUCAAAUUCCAGAAUUGAAAGAUGAUAUUAGAGUCCCAGAGUAUUGUUAUUUAACCGACGUGGAUGGGGUUGAGCCUGACAUAAAUGCAUGGUUAGGUCCUAAAGGAACAGUGUCUCCUACACAUUAUGAUCCAAAAAAUAACUUUUUGGCUCAAGUAGUAGGAUCAAAAUAUAUUAUUUUGUAUGAUCCAAAGUGGUCUGAGUAUUUAUAUCCACACGAUGAUAAAUUUCUUAAGAAUACUGCGCAAGUUGAUCCAGUUAAGCCUGAUUUGUGUCAAUUUCCCAAUUUUUCUCAAGUCAAAGCAACACAUUGUAUUUUAAAAGAAGGUGAAAUGUUAUUUAUACCGUCUGGUUGGUGGCAUAGAGUGGAAUCUCUUUCAGUGAGUUUUUCAGUUAGUUUUUGGUGGAUGUAAGUUAAAAUCAAUAAUUGUUAAUUUUUAUUCAUUUGAAAUUAUGUUAUUGUUAAAUUGUGUACUACACUGAAUUGCAAAUAAAUACACUUUAAAUA